AUGGCCGCCGCGGCGGAGCUGGCGCGGCCGCGGGCGCUGUUCCUGGCCGGGCUGGCCGCGGUCUACAUCGCCGCCUUCGGCUCGCUCUACGUGCAGAUCCCCGGGCUGUACGGGCGCCGGGGGCUGCUGCCGGCGCGGCGCGUGCUGCGGCCGGCGGGCCGGGGGCUGUGGCAGCAGCUGCAGGACGUGCCCACGCUGCUGUGGCUGGGCCCGCGCCUGGGGCUGGACACGGAGCAGGCCAUGGAGCUGCUGUGCCUGCUGGGCACGCUGGGCGCCCUCGGGGCGCUGCUCUGCGACGCGCUGCGGGACUGCCUGCUCUUCGCCACGCUCGCCGCCUUCUACCUGUCGCUGUACCAGGUGGGACAGGUCUUCCUGUACUUCCAGUGGGACAGCCUGCUGCUGGAGGCCGGGUUCCUGGCCGUGCUGGUGGCCCCCCUGCGCCUGCUGCGCUGGGGGUCCCCGGCCUGGAGACCCCACGACGGCGUCACCUUCUGGGCCGUGCGCUGGCUCCUCUUCCGCCUCAUGUUCGCCUCGGGCGUGGUGAAGCUCAGCAGCCGCUGCCCCACCUGGUGGGGGCUCACAGCUCUGACCUACCACUACGAGAGCCAGUGCAUCCCCACGCCCGGCGCCUGGCUGGCACACCAGCUGCCCCUGUGGUUCCAGAAGCUCAGCGUGGUGGGCACCUACGUGGUGGAGGUGGCCGUGCCCGUGCUCUUCUUCGCGCCCCUGCGCCGCCUGCGCCUCUUCGCCUUCUACUGCCAGGUGCUGCUGCAGGUGCUCAUCAUCCUGACGGGCAACUACAACUUCUUCAACGCGCUGACCAUCGUGCUGGCCUCCUCCCUGCUGGACGAGCAGCACGUGGGGCGCUGGCUGGGCCGGCCCCGCAAGAGGCAGGGCGCCGGCUGGCCCCCCAGGCCGGGCUGGGUGCUGGGCACGCUGCUGGAGCUCAGCACCUACGGGCUGCUGCUCUGCUGGACCGUGCGCUGCUUCGGCCUGGAGCUCGACUGGCACAGGAGGGUGCUGGAGUCCAGAGUGGCCUUCACCUACCACGAGUUCACCACCUGGCUGCGGACGGUGACGCUGCCGCUGGUGGGGGUGGCCUUCCUGUCCCUGUCCUGGGAGAUCCUGGUGGCCCUGUACCGCUGUUUCUGCGUCCGGGGAUGCUUCUGGAAGCUCUGGGCCACCCUGCAGUGGGCCAUCAUGGCCACGGCCACCGUGGGCCUGUUCGCUGUUAGCCUGGUGCCCUUCACGUCCAUCGAGCACGAGUCCAGCACGAAGCUGUGGCCCGGCGUCCAGCGGCUCUUCGGGGCCGUGGAGCGCUUCCAGCUGGUCAACUCCUACGGGCUCUUCCGCAGGAUGACCGGCGUGGGCGGCCGGCCCGAGGUCAUCCUGGAGGGCAGCUACGACGGGCACAGCUGGACGGUGAGCCUGGGACGGGCACUGAGGGAUGGGCACAGCUGGGCGGUGGGUCUGGGACGGGCACAGCUGGGCGGUGGGUCUGGGACGGGCACUGAGGGAUGGCUCUGCCCCCGUCCCGCAGUGAUCCGCCUGGUGCAGACGGACGAGUCCCGGUACCCGUUCCACGCCCGCCCGCCCACCUUCCUGCGGGCCCAGCUCUACAAGUACUGGUUCGGGGGGGGCAGCGAGGGCAGGUGA